CACCGGAUGUCGCGAGUUGAAUCUGCUGGCUCAUCACCUGUCUGAGUUUUGCAAUUAGCGCACAGUUUAAUGUUUUUAAUGUCUUCUCCUCGGUGUUUCCUGGCUCUUUUCCACCAACAUUCUCUUUGCGGCGUUUAGUCGCCGUGACGACCGAGCUCCCGGACUGUGUGGACAGGACACAUCUGGAAGCAGCUCACAUAAAUGCUGAGAAAUGAGAUCAAGUGGCCAGAAGGUGUGAGUUGAGUCCCGGGGGGGUGCAGACGUCCAAGAAGGCUGCAGGCUGCUAAAGUGCUGACGCAGCUCCAUCAAGUUUAAAAGCUGCACUACUGCCACCAACAGGACUUAGGACCAGGAUGCCCUUCAGUCCUUCUAUGGAUGGAUUGAUGAAGAGCGAUAAAGCACGUGCCAGAGAAGGAAAGUGGGGGGACUGCAGUACAAGCAGGGUCUGGAUGAAUAACCAUGGCAACAGCAGCAGCAGCAGCAGUGGCAGCGACAGUGCAAGCGGACAUAUAAACAUUGCACAGGAGCGCAUCCAUCUGCAUCUACUCACUGGAUCAUCUCACUGCUAAAGGAGGUGAUGAGUCGCACUACAUCAUGUCUGAAGUUCAGGGCACGCUGGAGUUUUCCGUAGAGUUGCACAAGUUUCACAACGUGGAUCUUUUCCAAAGAGGGUUCUACCAGGUACGAACAGGAUUAAAGGUCUCCCCCCGGGUGCCCCACAGGGUGAUAGUGACCACUCAAGAUAAUGCAGGAGGCGAAUGCAGCUUCAGCUCCCCGGGCGUCUACGACGGCACGGCGUUCAGCCGGAUAUUUCAGAUCCUUUACAGAAACGAGGACAUCACGGUGAACGACGGCGUGAUCUUCAAAGUGCACCUGCUAUUGGACGGAGACAGGGUGGAGGAGGCCCUCAGCGAGGUGGACUUUCAGUUGAAGCUGGAUCUUCACUUCACUGACAACGAGCAACAGCUGGCAGACACGGUGGCCGUCCCCUUGAUCAGCAGUCGCACCCUCAACCUCCACUUCCACCCGCAGCGAGGCCUGCACCAUCACGUUCCCGUCAUGUUCGACUACUUCCACCUGUCUGUCGUCUCCGUUUCCAUCCACGCCUCACUGGUGGCCUUGCAUCAGCCGCUAAUCAGCUUCGCCCGCACAGGAAAAGGGUCCUGGCUGGGAAAAGGGUCAGCAGAGAGCACCAAUGAUCCAUCUGCAGUCUCAGUGGAGAACCUCGUGUUUGGAGCAGGGUACUGCAAGCCCAUCAUCUCGGAGGGGAGUUUUUAUGUGCCCAGCGAGGACUGCCUGCAGAGAGCUCACGUGUGGCAUCGAAGGCUCUGUCGCCUCCUGCUGGCCGCCCGUGGUGCUGUGAGAAGUUACUACACUGCUCUGAUGAAGGAGGUCCCUCAGCUGGAGCUCAUGUCGGACGACACAGAAGUCCUGCCUAUGGAAGAAACACUCAAUCAACUCACAAUCGAGCUGCAGGUGCAGGACAGCCCAGAGAAGGUGGCGGAGCAGAUCAGCAGAGACGUGGCUCACCUCUGCUCACAGUUGGCCGUCUUCUGGAGUUUCUUCUUGGAGAAAGUUGUGUUCAAUCCUCACAUCCUCUCUCAUUUGGCCCAGGAACAUCACACGCUCAGGGUGAGGAGAUUUUCUGAGGCGUAUUUCUUCACCGCACAUCCCAAAGAAACAUCUCUAACCUUCCAAGAGGAGCUCAUCGGCAGACAAGCUGAAGUAGCGGCAGAAGUGCGAGGCUCCGACUACCUGGCCAAGUUGCCUCCUCUGCCUGUGGAGUGUCUGGACAUCGAUGGCGACUGCAGCAGCCUGCCCAUCAUCUUUGAGGACCGAUACGUGGACUCCACUCUAGCAGCAGAAGUUGUUGUGCCGAGGUGCGGGGAACAGACUCUGUGGGAUCCUGCAGCCAAGAGGAGUCCGGAGAGAGAGGCGUGUCCUGAAGACGAGUGCAUGGACCUGACCACGUACGUGUCGCUCAUGGCCCGCCAGAGCGCAGCUGGCCAGGACGUGUCGGUCCCAGACCAGUACUGCGGUCCUCAGGCUCUCAGACAUUCUUCCAGAAGCGGAGAAAAGAAGACGGCGGCGGACCACGAGGUGAGCCUGAGCCAAAUGAGCGAGGACGACGAGUCUUCGGUGUUGGCGGGAAGUCUUCCUCUGGUCUGUCACCUUUCAGUCCUGUCUUCCUCCCCCGGUGCUCUCAGGAAGGAGCGAGCAGGUUCCGUCCUCUCCAAGAUAAUCAAGCGCUCCUCCUCGCUCAUAUCGGACUCGGGCAUCGAGAGCGAGCCCAGCUCGGUGGCCUGUCCCUCGGACGCCGCCCUGCCAGCUCGUGAGCGGGAGAUCCCCAGACACAAAGUCCUUCGGCGGCCGGUCCACCGCAGCUCCUUGGAAGGCCUGCAGGUGGACGGCAACAUCCAAGCCUCUUUGACGUCCAUCAGCUCGCUGCCUUACGAGGACGAGCAGUGUCAAGGCGGCAAGCUGACCAAGUCCAUGUCGGCGCCGCAGAUCAGCAGCCCGGACGACGAGGACCGCCUGCUCCUAGACCGGGACGUUCAACUCCUACAACAGCCGGAAGACUUUUCCUUGCACUCGGACAAAUCUCAGUCGUCCAGUUCAGUGACAAACUGGGGCGGUCGUCACGGCAACAAAGACAGUCAGGGGUCUGCGGAGGACGUCCGUCUUCCUCCUGACGACGACCCGGGCGUCUCGGUGGAGCAGAUCCGUCUCGGUGCCGGGAAGGAAAAUGUCCUUCAGAGAACUCAACAAGGCCGCGGCACAAACUCCGGCCUGGCCUUCGUCAACAAGAAGAUGGUGGAGGUGGUCAACAUGUCCUGCGCCCCAACAUGUCUGCCCUUCUCCUCCGUCCUCAGGGACUCGCCCUCCAUCAGCGGCCUGUCCACUCGCCACACCGCCUCGCCCAUUACCCAUCAGCCACUGGGCUCCUUUGGCAUCGUCUCCACCUUCGCCAGCCACCUGGGAAUGGACGACGGCAGCAACGAGCGCAUGAUCAGUUUCUCCAAGGCCAAAGAGGCUCAGUUUGCAGGCAUGAAGAACUUUGCCGGCAUGUUCUACUGCGACCUUCCUGUGCUGGCCUCACAACUUCCUUACUUCCCUCCUGAGGAGGAAGACGAGGAGUUUGAUGAUGGAAUCCACUUGGUGGUUUGUGUGCACGGCCUGGAUGGCAACAGUGCAGACCUGCGCCUGGUCAAGACCUUUAUCGAGUUAGGUCUGCCGGGAUCCAGGCUGGACUUCCUCAUGUCGGAAAGAAACCAGGUCGACACCUUUGCUGACUUUGACGCCAUGACGGACAGAUUGUUGGACGAGAUCAUCCAACACAUCCAGUUGUACAAUCUGACCAUAGGCAGGAUCAGCUUCAUCGGUCACUCUCUGGGGAACAUCAUCAUCCGCUCAGUGCUGACCAGACCUCGCUUCAGAUGUUACCUGUCCAGACUGCACACCUUCCUCUCGCUGUCUGGUCCUCACCUGGGAACACUUUACAACAACAGCACCUUAGUCAGCACAGGACUGUGGUUGAUGCAGAAGCUGAAGAAGUCAGGAUCUUUGCUCCAACUGACCUUCAGAGACCACCUGGACCCUCGUCACACCUUCCUCUAUCUCCUCAGCCAGAAACCAGGUCUGCAGUUCUUCAAGAACCUGGUGCUGGUGGCGUCCCCGCAGGAUCGUUAUGUUCCUUUCCACUCUGCCAGGAUAGAAAUGUGCAGAAGUGCGCUGAAAGACAAAACCACAGGUCCCGUCUACACGGAGAUGAUCAACAACCUCCUGCAGCCUCUCCUGGAGGUCAAAGGCUGUCGUCUGAUUCGUCACAACGUCUUUCACGCGCUGCCAAACACGGCCAACACUUUGAUCGGCCGUGCCGCUCACAUCGCCGUUCUAGACUCCGAACUUUUCCUGGAGAAGUUCUUCCUGGUGGCAGGACUGGACUACUUUAAAUAAUCGUCAUACAAGACACUGUAUGUAGGUCAUAUUAGCAUAUUAUGUACAUGUGUCAUCUUCAUACAAAUAUACUGUAUGUACAUUACAACAAUACAUGAGCAAUCAACACAUGUGACAUGUUGUCAAGUCAUCAUAAUACAACAUACUGUAUUAUGUCAUACAUUAUGUCCAGUCAUUACUGUAUGUAGAAUACAUUGAUAGGUUGGAGGGAUUUUUUAGGAAUCAAAACAGUAUAUAAACAAUUAAAUAAAACAACUUUGCAAAUAAAUAAAUUAGGUUCACAACUAGCAGUAACACAUAUUUUGUUUUAAUAUAAUAUUGAUGUAUUCCCUUGAAAGAAGCAGUGACUUGUAGCCAAACAAGAAUAUAUCAAAUAUUUACUGUAACUUUGUGAAACAAACUUCCUGUUAUUUGCCUCAUGGACACAACAUUAGGUACACACAACUCCUCCUUCAAGGCACGGUGUACCUAAUGUUGUGGCCUGACGUCACCAAACUGUUAUUUGCCUCAUGGACACAACAUUAGGUACACACAACUCCUCCUUCAAGGCACGGUGUACCUAAUGUUGUGGCCUGACGUCACCAAACUUUGACAUGGUCUCACUAUUGCAGGGGUGUCCAAACUUUAUCCACUGAGGGCCCCACACUGAAAAAUCAAAGCAAGUGGGGGGCCAUUUUGAUCAUGUUUAUUUUAAAAACCAAUAUAAUAUAUGUGUAACAAAUAUACAUUUCGGCCUCCAUUCAGUUAUGGUAAAAAAAAAUAUUAAAAAUGUGUCAUUAUUCAGUAUUUAAAAAAAAUAUAUUAUUCAAGUUUUAAAUCUCCAGAUCAACAUUAGGUCUAUCUGUCAAUAUAACGAUUUUAAAGAUUUAUGCUCUUUUUGUCACAAAAGGAAAGAUCACAAAAUAUGCAAUAUUUUCACGCAAUAACUUUUUAAAGUGGAAUAUUUGAGAUUAUAUAAUAAUUGGAGCAUUAAAAAGGUCAAUAACUCAUAACACCAUUGAUUUUAAUUCAUUAGUGGAGUGAAUUGUGAAGUGAAUUAUAUUUAUAUAGCGCUUUUCUCUAGUGACUCAAAGCGCUUUACAUAGUGAAACCCAAUAUCUAAGUUACAUUCAAACCAGUGUGGGUGGCACUGGGAGCAGGUGGGUAAAGUGUCUUGCCCAAGGACACAACGGCAGUGACUAGGAUGGCGGAAGCGGGAAUGGAACCUGCAACCCUCAAGUUGCUGGCACGGCCACUCUACCAACCGAGCUAUAUAUUAUUAUUUUUUGAGCAAUGACAUUAAAAAAACAAAUCACACUAAAAUGAUUGGAGAUCCAAAAGGGUUCUACUCAUUAAAGUGUUAGAAAAUAAAUUAUACAUUUUUUUUAUUCUUUACUUUUAACACAAUAAUCUCAAGUCUACUUCAGAUAUAUCCGUCAAUUAUACGUUUUAUUGUUGUUUAUGUUUUUGUUUGUUCAUUUUACGCCCUUCUUUAAAAAAAACAGCUCAGCUUUUUAUAUGGCGAACACAAAAUAUGUAACAUUCUCCCCGAAAAAUAUGAGUGGAAAAUUUAACAUGGCGUAAUUGGAGCCUUGAAUAGGUCAAUAAUUCAUAAUGACAUUCAUUUUGAUUCAUUAUUAUUUUUUUAAAGAAAGAAACAGCCUGCAUGGCAGCUUUGUGUUAUUAAACAUUGCAACAUGUUCUUGUUACAUUUCACCUGUUUGCUCUUUUAUACCAAUUUUUUAUUUUUUUCCAUAGUAUUUUUAAAAUGUGCCGUGGGUCCGUUAAAAAAUGACCUGCAAGCCGCAAAUGGCCCCCGGGGCCCCACUUUGGACACCCCUGCUCUAGAGCAACAUUAGGUCUAUCUGUCAAUAAAACGUUUUUAAAGAUUUAAGUUGAAUGCGCUUUUUGUCAAAGAAAAAUAUGUUUUUUUAUUGAAAAAAAACACAAAAUAUGCAAUAUUUUCACCCAAUAAAGUUUUUAAGAAGAAUGUUUGAGAUUAUAUAAUAAUUGGAGCCGGAAAACGGUCAACAACUCAUAACACCAUUGAUUUUAAUACAUUAUUAUGUUAUUGUGCAAUGACACUUCAAAAGAAAACACACUGAUCCAAAAGGGUCCUACUCAUUAAAGUGUUAAUAAAUAGAUUAUAUAUAUUUUUUUUACUGUUUACUUUUAACACAAUGGUCUCGAGAUCAACUUCAGAUCUAUCCGUCAAUUAUAAGUUUUGUUGUUAUGUUUUUUGUUUGUUUUAGGCCAUCCUUUUAAAAAAAAAAAAAGCUCCGUUUUUU